UCUACCCCUCACCCCCACCCCUACCGCCCAACACUUCGCGCCUCUCUGCAUUCCGUUUCUUUCCUCUUCUACCCAUCUACCUCUUCACGAGGAGCGUCGGCAGACUAUCUUGGAAUUUUCUGCUCUUUUUUGUUUCCACUCCUCCCUGUUCACUUCUUCAUAUUCUUUGCAUUCUUUCUUUCUUUUUUUCUUUUUGAAUAAUAAUAAUAAUCAGCAGAGCUGAAACCUGAAAGUUGAGACCUUUGAGGUUCCAAGAGAAAAAAGAAAAGAAAAGGAGGCAACUAUGAAUUUCAAUGUGGAAAUGGGCGCCUUUUUGGUUUUGCUAUUCUUGAUUUCGCUUUCUGGUGCUGUCAGAAAGGAGGGCAUGGUUACUCAAAAGCUUGAGGUGCAGAAACACUUGAAUCGUUUGAACAAGCCUGCUAUCAAGUCCAUAAAGAGCCCAGAUGGUGAUAUUAUUGAUUGUGUUCAUGUAUCUCACCAACCAGCUUUUCAGCAUCCUUCUUUCAAGAACCAUACAAUUCAGAUGAGGCCAAAUUAUCAUCCAGAAGGGCUGUUUAAGGAUGGAAAGUUCUCCUCCACAUUGAAGUCUGGGGGUGAUGGGUCAAACACAAUUCCUCAGCUUUGGCAUUUGAGUGGGAAGUGCCCAGAAGGAACUAUUCCUAUUAGAAGGACAAAAGAAGAAGACCUUUUGAGAGCCAGCUCUAUAAAGAGCUAUGGAAAGAAGCAUCUUAAAAGUGUUCCUAAACCCAGGUCUGCUGAGCCUGACUUGAUUUCUCAAAAUGGUCAUCAGCAUGCAAUAGCCUAUGUUGAAGGAGGGCAAUACUAUGGUGCAAAAGCCACAAUCAACGUUUGGGAGCCUAAAAUCCAGCAAUCUAAUGAGUUCAGUUUGUCUCAGCUUUGGAUUCUGGGAGGUGAUUUCAAUUCAGAUCUCAACAGCAUUGAAGCUGGUUGGCAGGUUAGCCCAGAUUUGUAUGGUGAUCAUAACACAAGACUCUUCACCUAUUGGACUAGUGAUGCCUAUCAAGCCACGGGGUGCUACAACCUGCUAUGCUCAGGCUUUAUUCAAAUCAAUAAUGAUAUAGCCAUGGGGGCCACCAUCUUCCCCCUUUCCAGCUAUCAAGGUUCCCAAUAUGAUAUCAGCAUUCUUGUCUGGAAGGACCAGAAAGAGGGUAAUUGGUGGAUGCAAUUUGGGAAUAACUAUGUUUUGGGUUACUGGCCCGGAUUUCUGUUUUCUAACCUACAAGACAGUGCUUCCAUGGUUGAGUGGGGCGGGGAGGUGGUGAACUCGGAGAACGAUGGGAUGCACACUACCACGCAAAUGGGCAGCGGCCACUUCCCCGGGGAAGGGUUUGGCAAGGCUAGUUAUUUCAGAAACAUACAGGUGGUGGAUGGGUCUAAUAACUUGAGGCCUCCCCAAGACCUCGGUAUUUACACCGAGGACGACAACUGCUAUACUGUGCAGCUCGGAAACAAUGGUGACUGGGGAAAUUACUUUUACUAUGGAGGUCCUGGCAGAAACGAGAAAUGCCCAUGACCAUUGGAGUGCUUAUUUCAUUCCUCUGCUUUAAUGGUUGGUUUACGCCUCGUAAAAACCUUUCUUUUAGGGCUAGAUUAGUGUAGAAAGAUGUGAAUUGUUGUGUUUUUUUUUUUUUGGUUAGUUUUAUGGUUGCAUGGGAAGUUUUUGCCUUUGUUGUAAAUGUCUCCCAGAAAACAAUUGUAGGAGACAGAAUAUGGUGGUCAGGUUUCUCCAAGUUGAAACAAUCACCUUUUUAUUUGGUAUGAAAUUUGUAAUGCUUUUCUGGCAUCCAUCUGAUAUGCUAGCUUUUGUAGAUU